GUAAUAAGUAUUUCCGCAUAAGAGGUGCAAGAUGACAGUGCUGGCCUUGAAGGGUUUGCCACGAUAAAUCUGCCGCAUUCACUGACGUAUAUCUAUAUAUUUUGGACCGCGGGGGACAGAGAGACACAGCUCUUUUAUUUGAGGAGACACGGCUGAUAUGUCCGUUAGCCUGGUGUCACAGAGAUCCCAAACAACUAACAGUGUUUGUUCUAAACCAAAAACCAAGGUGUAUCCCCCAACUGCAGCUCAAGCACCAAUUCCACUAGUCUCUGCUGGGCCAACUCGAAUGUCCAAGGACCACUCUGUAGACCCACCCACCACCCUUGCCAAGAGGCCAUCUGGCAAGAAGACUCCCAAUGAUUUCAUAUUUGGAAAAGUUAUUGGGGAAGGAUCCUUUUCAACCGUAUAUUUGGCCAAGGAGAUCAAUACAGAAAAGGAAUAUGCAAUCAAAGUGUUGGAGAAAAAGCACAUCCUACGAGAGAAAAAAACGCAAUAUGUUAUGAGAGAAAAGGAAGUGUUGGCCAGAAUCAACCAUCCAUUUUUUAUACGGUUGUACUAUACCUUUCAAGACACUGACAGAUUAUAUUUUGUUCUCAGCUAUGCUCGUAGAGGAGAACUAUUGGAUUACUUGCGGAAAUUAUCCUCAUUUGAUGAGAAAAGCACUUGCUUCUACUCAGCAGAGAUUGUUACUGCACUGGAAUAUCUUAAUGGUUUAGGGAUCAUUCACAGGGAUUUGAAACCUGAAAAUAUAUUACUUAAUGAAAAAAUGCAUAUACAGAUCACAGACUUUGGAUCAGCUAAAAUUUUAGGGAAGGAUGAGAAUGUAGAUAAAGAAGAUACCAACACAGAUGGCAGCAAGGAGAACCGCCAUUCUCAGCGCCGGAAGUCUUUUGUUGGCACUGCUCAAUAUGUGUCACCUGAAGUACUUACCAGCAGGAGUACAAGCAGCUCUGACUUGUGGGCCUUGGGAUGUAUAAUCUACCAACUACAUUCUGGUUUACCACCUUUCUGGGGAAACCAUGAAUAUCAGAUAUUUCAAAAGAUUUUAAAACUUGACUAUGAGUUCCCUGAUGGUUUCAAUCCUGUUGCCAAAGAUUUGGUCCAGAAAUUAUUGGUAUUCAAUCCCCAAAAACGACUUGGUAGUCCUGAAUCUGGAGGCUUUAAACCACUUAAAAAACAUCCUUUCUUUGAUGGUAUUGUUUGGGACCAUCUUUGGACGCAAGACCCACCUGAUCUUCUCCCCUAUUUACCUGCCACACCUAGCAAUCCCAGUUUAUGGAGCCACUAUCGGCCUGGACUUGAUGAUGCUAGAAUUGGGGAGAUAAUAACUGAAACAGUGAUUACUGAAGAUCAACGGAAAGAAUUGCUCGAAAAACAGGCCCGAGAAAAUGAUUUUCACAAAUUUGUUGAAGGCAAUCUCAUUUUGAAACAAGGCUUAGUAGAUAAGCGUAAGGGUCUUUUUGCUCGAAGAAGAAUGCUGUUAUUAACUGAAGGACCUCAUCUAUACUAUGUAGACCCUGUAAAUAAAGUCCUUAAAGGAGAAAUACCAUGGUCAGAAGAAUUAAAACCAGAAGCUAAAAACUUCAAGAUCUAUUUUGUACAUACACCAAACCGCACUUAUUACUUAGAGGACCCAAUGUCACAUGCUCAGGAAUGGGUGACCAAGAUCCAAGAAGUGUGGCAGCACUAUUAUGGCAAUAGACAUUGAUAUUUCUCUCCUUUUCUCUCUCUUUCUCUCCCUCUCUCUCUCUCUCCCCUCCCUUUCUCUUUCUCUCUCUCUUUCUCCUCAUCUCUCUCAAUAGUUUAAAUUUCUUUUUAUUACUGUUUUGUCUCUUAAUCCUUUUGCUUUCUCUGUUUUGCAACAGCCGACAAGUUGGAUUGUUGGUAUUGUUAAAUUUAACUUGAACUUAGGUGUGUGUGAGUGUGUGUGUGUGUGUGUUGACUCUGGCAGGUAGGGGAGGGGCUUUGGAAGUGGGGCAAAAUAAUUUAGUAGUGGGGUGCACACAGGGGUGGUAGGUAGCUAUAAUUUGUCAUCUCUUCAUCUACAUAUAUCUGCAAAUCACACAUAAACACAUCAGAUUCCUCUAUCAGUCUAUCCCUUACUCAUUUAUCUUCAUUCCUUCAUACCUCUCUGAGACCAACAAUACAUCUUUUUUUUUUUUUUUCCAGCUGGCUUUUAUUUGCAGUGGGUAUUUAGGCAUGUAAUAGGUAUGGAAGAUAGACAAGACAAGGGCUUCAUUACUUUAUGCACACUCGUUUCUUUGAUUAGUGUGUGUGCAUGUGCAUGCAUGCUUGUAUGUAAGUGCAUUUGUUUACUUCUUGAAUACAGUUGUAACUUCAUAGUAUGCCACAUUAUUUCAAUUAACAGCUGUAGCCAUUGUGCUUUACAUAGUUCUCAUGAAAUUUGUAAGUUUGGCCAUAGUCACUAGCUGCUAGGAGUGACAUUCUAAACACUUUCAGUAGCAUCCCAACAGGUUAUUGACUAUUAUUUCAUCUCGUGUGUGUAUAUAUAUAUACGUAUGUAUGUAUGUGUGUAUGUAUGUAUAUAUAGAUCGACAGAAAAAGUACUUCAACCAGUGAGAGAUAUCAUUUAAUGCACACAGUAUAAAGAUACAAGCUACUAAUAGUUUCUUGAUUGGAGACGCAGGUUUUUAUAACAUACCUUGUCUCCAAGCACGUGAUCUAUUCACUAUUCAAUUUGCAAAUCAGGAAGCUGGUACAAGAGAAAUCACAAGAAGGUAGAUACAAAAAGUGGAAGGGUGAAUAGAAACCAAAAGGAAAAUUAGUUAUGUCCCCUUCGUGAGUAAGCCUAUAAUAAAGCUACUAAUUGUAGAAUAAUUCAACA